CAACUAUAUUUAGAUAGGCCUACAAAUUACACACUGUGAAACUUAUAUAAUAGACGUCUGCUAAUGUGUAUCAUUUGUUCUCAGCAAGAAAACUUUAAAAAAGGUACUACAGCACCAGUCCAAAAUUUGUAAAGGCAUGUCGCCUUUACCAUAAGUAAAAAUUGGUCUCUGCUAGCAAAUCAGUUUGGAGUGGACAGAAAGUCGGAAAAAGUGAAGGCCAAGAAGGCCAAGUGUUGAUGCUCAUCAGGGAUGGAAGACCUGAUCAAUGUUUCUGUGCAGCCUACCCCAGAACUUGCCAUAGACGAAUUAACCAAAACCAGCAAGAUGAAGGUGAAAUGGACUCAGCUGGGCCUGGUCUUUUUCUUGCUGCUGUCCCUCGUCAUGACUGCUUGCUUCAUCUGGCAGUAUCAACUACCUAAACUAGUGGCAGAUGGAAAUAUUGAUGACAGUAACAAAUCAGAAAGGAUGUGCCCUCGCUUUCCAGAGCCCAAUCUUCUGGAACACCCAAUUCCUACUUUAAAAGAGGCACUUGAGAAGGUUGACGCACUGUUGCGCAACAGUAUUAACCCUGUCAGUCUGCCUUCGUUGUCAGCCAUUGUUACUUAUAAUGACACAGUUCUAUGGACUGGAAAUUUCGGCAAGAGAAAUGGGAGUGAUCCAAGCUCUGCACCUCCAAAUGAGUACACCAUCUACAGGAUUGCUAGUCUAUCCAAGCUCUUUCCUACCCUGAUGCUGUAUCGGCUGUGGGAGGAUGGUAAGGUGGGCUCCCUGGAUGACCCUCUUGAAAAGUACGUGGAAGGCUUCAGCAUUAAAAACCCCUUGGGCAAAAGCAGAGACUCACAGCUGAAAUAUGUCACAGAUGGUCUAAUCUUCCUGGACAGCGGUGAGGUUCAAAUUCGAUCGUCCUCUGUAACUCUAAGAAGAAUGGCUAGCCAGCUUUCUGGUCUACCCCGAAGACUUCGUGCAACUAACUUGUUAUGGAAAGGAAAGACCCAAGCUGCAGUCAGUCUCCUGCAAGAUGAUGUGCUUGUCGCCGAUCCAGGCACCAAAUGUCACUACAGCAAUCUGGGCUUCUCUUUGCUGGCCCACGUACUGGCUGAAAGAGUAGUGGGUAUAAAUUACCAGCGAUGGAUCGGUGAAAACAUUCUGGGCAGGCUGGGCAUGGAAGACACCGGUUUCGACAUCAACCCUGGCAUUCAGAGUCAAAUGGCCGUAGGUGUCUACGCCAGUGGCCAGAUAGCACCUCUUUAUGACCUGGGCUGGUACCGCCCAUCGGGCCAAAUGUAUUCCACGGCUGCCGACAUGGCUAAAUUAGCCAUGGUGUUGUCAGGAGCUUAUCACCGUAAGCUGUUAGAGCCUGACACCCUUAAAAUAAUGCUAACUCCUUUGUUUCGCUGCGAUAAAGAUUACUUUGCCAAUCGCACUGGAACGCCAUGGGAGGUGAACGAACAGCUGGGAUACGAGGUGCUCCGCAAAGAUGGAGAUCUGGACGGCUACUCCGCAACCUUCUCCUUGGUCCCUCGGCUCAAGCUGGGCUUGGUGGUGCUAAUGGCGGGCACGAGGCCACAGAACCAGGACGUCGUGUCGAAGGCCUACUCUUAUAUAAUACCUGCCAUGGAGAAGGCUUUUAGGGAGGCCAGGCGUGUUCUGAAUCCUCCCCCCAACCCGGCACCCUACGUGGGCUACUACACUUACGGCAACAUCACUUUUUAUGAGAUUAGAGCAGGGACAGAUGGUGUCUUGAUCAUGCAGCAGUUUGGACCUCAAAUAGAGGAUCUCAUUCCCGAGCGUUAUCGGACCAUAAAAUUGAAUUACCUUUUGGACCGAGUUUUCAGAGUUGUGUUUGAGAAAGAAUACCCUUGCGUGUUGCGUGUCAACACAGCAUCGGUGUCUCUUGAAGCCCAAGAUGGGCAGCUUUUUAAUUUCUAUGUCUUUGACAAAAAUGGGCUUUCUCCAGGAUUUGAUGCUCCAGGGCUUAACACGUAUAAUGUGGUUCGAAUAGGCCGGAGACCCACGUUUUCUAAGUGAAGUCGAAUGGAUUAAAGAAAGGCUUUAGAAAAACUGUGAUUUGAGAAUAUGGGGCUAUAGUACAUACAGGAUUUUGGCUGGAAAAGAAAUCUGGUAACCUGUUUUGCACCUAUUUUUAAGUCCUUGUUUAUAAAAAUGGCCCUAUGUUUUCAUUUCCUACACCGUUCAUUGUAGAUAAAAAAUGAAUUGCACCAACACUUCUAGCAUAAUAACAGGCUUUGUUUUACUUUAACAAUAGUUUAUGUGCUCUAAAAGCCCUUACUAAAUCACGGUCACCUGUUUUAUUUUGUGUGCCAUUGGGACUGGGUAUUCAGAGGUUUAAAUGUCCUUUAUGCACAGGGUUCCCACGGGUCCUUGAAAUCCUUGAAAGUUUGUGAAUCUGGGGGGGAUCCAAGGCCCUGAGAAGUUUUUGAAAAUAUACAUACAUAAAUACAGGUCAUUGAACGUGCUUGAAUCUGUUUUAUGCAAGAAGUUUUUUGGAAAAAAUCCAUAUUAUUCCCAGUGUUCUGUAGUAUAAUAUCAUAAAAAUUCUAGACUUUUUAAGCACAUGUGCUAAACUGUUCACUUUAAAUGCUUAUAUAUUCUGUAUGCGAAUGUUGAUUCAUACCAAAAUGCUUUUUUGCAUAGUUGUGUUUCACACAUGAAAACAUCUCGGGUUACGUAUGUAACUGUUGUCCCCUGAGAAGGGAACCAGACGCUGCGUCUCCCUUGCCAUACUUACUGCGUCCCUGUAACGCCGUCUUUGGCAAUAUUUCAGAUAGAGAUAUACUUCUUGGCUCCUGCGUCACCCUGUCUUUGUCGUUAAGCCUCACCAUUGGUUGAAUUUGAUAUACACAUUCAGACGCACUUACCCCUGGAGGCAUCCCUAAAGUUUCACUGCAGUGACGCAGCGCGAGUUCCCUGGAAAGGGAACUGUAACAAUGUACGUAUCUUAAAAGGUACACGAUGUAACCUUGCUCUCACUUGAAAUAUGUCCCCACAUUUAGUCCUUGAAUUUGAUGUUAUUGGACCUGGAAAGUCUAUGAAAGGUCCUUGAAUUUGAAGUUAACUAAGGUGUGGGAACCCUGUAUGCAACAUAAGCCUUAUAGAUCCUGUGCUCCUGUUAUAUUCCAUGAUGUUAAAUGAGUGCCCUAAAAUGUAUUUUAUUUUUAAUCAGCAGAUUCAGCAAUAUAAAUAAAACCGUGAGUUGCCAUUUAUAAAGAAUUAUAUAAAAAAGAAUAAUGUAGAUUGUGAAUUAUGAUGAUAAAUCUAUAGUUUGCAUUAAUGGUUUGUUAUAUCGCUACAUGUAAAUUAUUUAUAUUUCAAAAUAUGACCACCUUUUUUGUCUCUCUCUCUCACUUUGUUUUUCUCUCUCACACACUCAUUCUAUAAACGAAAGAUCUCAAAACCCCUCAAGACGGCUUUCUAUUCACAUCUCUCUCAUCUUUGUCACAGUGGCGUAAAACCAGUAGAUUGAACUGUCAACAAAAAGAAUCGCCAAAAUUGAAAAGUAUUCAACAACAAACACAAAGGCGAUGGCUGAAGAGAAACUUAAAUUAUUCGUUUCAUUUAUUAAAGAACAUAUUUCUGUAAGUUACAUUACAUUUAUGCAUUUGGCAGAAGCUUUUAUUCUAAUCGACUAACAGCGCAUUCAAGCUAUACAUUUCUUUUAGUAUGUAUAGGGGAGAGCGGGGCACAAUCUAACGCUUUUUGGCUUCGGCUCUAUCAUUAAAAAAAUAUUUAACCUCCUAAGACCUGGGGCCUUAUUUAUAAAGCGUGUGGGGCUGGAAACGUGCGUUCGCCAGUUCCCACGCAAAGGUUGUAAUCUACAAUAAACAAACUUAAUGGGAGAAUGGGCUUGCAAGGAGGGAUAUGAGGACGAUUUGUGUACACUUGCAGGAGAUCUGUGAUUCAUAAAGGGAACAUUGCUAAGUCUUAGUAUACUUGGCAUAUGCCAUUUUUGGCUUUUGUGAGUAUGUAGACUUUUAGUAAGGAUUCUACAUACGGUUUUAUAAAUGACAUCGACAUUUUUUGUUGUUUGCACCAUAAUACUUUGUGUAACUGGAACCUGUUGUACACAAACGUGGACAAUUACACUGCUUCAUGAUUAAAGAAAAAUAUUUGGUUAUUAUAUUUAUUGGUUCUUCCUAACCUCAAAUAGCUGGAAGAAAUCUAAAAUGCAAGCCAAACUAAAGAUUUUUUACACAAUUAACACACAUCUCUGCUACAAAUGAACACUUUUAAAGUUUUUUUUGUGGGACCUACCGUUAUCUUACAAUUACACCGAAAGUGACAGGAGUACAAACAUGACAACUUACCCCAUAGCUGGGCUUAUUUGUAACAAAUAGAGGAUUUUGUUUUAACACAAAUAAUUCAAUAAAAUUCUGUUUAUAUACUAAAGGUGGAUAUUGUUUAUAUAUCUACCUAUAAUAUGGAUAGAUAUCCACCAAUCCAUCCAUCCAUGAUACUUUAUCUAACCAUCCUUGUAUUAUGCAUCAAUGCAUAUAAAUAUUUUUUUUGAAAGGGCUACACAUUUAAGACAAAAAAUUAUAAUUGUCAGUUAUUUCCCCUGAUAUUUACAUUUAUCAUUUCAGAGGAGAUCAUCUGAUAGAUUGCUCGGCCCUGUAUAAAUAUGUAAAGUACACUGUAAAAAAAUUCCGUAGAAAUUACAAUGUUAUUGCAACUGGGUUGCCGGUAACUUACCGUAGAUUUAAAUUUUAGUUUUUUACUGGCAACAUUUUGUUCAAAGUUAAAUGAACAUUAAACAUUUACAAGUCUUUGUCUUUACAGAGUAAAACUAAAAAAACAGCAUCAAGCAAAACAUUCUGGGAAACAAAAUCUGAAGCAAAAAACAGAAAAAGGUUGAUGAUGAUUUCUGGUUCCCAGAAUGCUUUGCAUGAGGCUGUUAUUGUAUAGUUUUAUUCUGUGAAGAUAAAGACUUGUUAAUAUUUAAAAUGUAUUUAACUUUGAACAAACUCUUGCCAGUAAAUAACAUACAUUUAAAUCUACGGUAAAUUACCGGCAACCCAGCUGCAAUAACAUUGUAAUUUCUACGGAUUUUUUUACAGUGUUUGUUCAAAGUUAAAUACAUUUUAAAUAUUAACAAGUCUUUAUCUUUACAGAAUAAAACUAUACAAUAACAGCCUCAUGCAAAGCAUUCUGGGAACCAGAAAUCAUCAUCAACCUUUUUCAGUUUUUUGCUUCAGAUUUUGUUUCCCAAAAUGUUUUGCUUGAUGCUGUUUUUUUAGUUUUACUCUGUAAAGACAUUGUAAAUGUUAAAUGUUCAUUUAACUUUGAACAAAAUGUUGCCAGUAAAUAACAUACAUUUAAAUCUACAGUAAGUUACCGGCAACUCAGCUGCAAUUUCUACGGAUUUUUUUUUACAGUGUAGCUGUGUUACAAUUAACCCUGUGUUAGUUUGUGCCCCGCUCACCCCUACAUUCCCUUGAAACUAAACCCAUGACUUUGCUAUUGCUAGCGGCAUGCUUUACAUACAUGGUUGUAACAUAAAGGAGAAGUUACAAUACACAAGUACAAGGUAUAGUCUAAUACUUAUGACAUUCAGAUCUAAUAAAACAUUUUUGGUACAAUGUUAAAAAUCAACAAAAAGCAUAGUUGUACCUGACAGGCAUUUAUCGUUCAUUGAUCAUAUAUCUGUAAGGAUUUAUUUUCUGUCCAGCUCUUAUUGUCUAGUUUUGUUGUGUAUUUUCAUGAAUGAAUCCAUUGUAGCAUAAAGUGCUUCUUUCUCUCUAGUGGAAAAUGAAGGCAUGAAGAAAAGGCUUAUAUGAAUAAUUGUUCAUGUCCCCGUGUCACAAUCGAACAACUUGUUCCAAACAAAACUGAUGAUGUUCAUUUGAAACAGUUAUUGUACAAUCCAUAAUAAGCACUAUAGAAGAUCUAAUAUUUUCAUUUGUAGAUGUGCAGGACAUCCGCUUCCAUUCACAUGAUGGAUAGAUAGACACAUUUAAAAAAGAAGUCAUGCUAUCUACAUGACAUAAAUAGGUCAUUUAAAUGCACAUUGCCCUACCUGAAUGAAAAGCUAUGCAUAAAGAAACAGAGUUACAACAUUACACAAUAAUGACAUGAUCUUUGAUACAGACCUUAUUUGCAUUUGAUGAUAUCUCAUUUUUAAUCAGAUGCAAUGUUGUCAUUUAUGAAAACCUCACCUCCCAUAGACUUUCAACAUGGGAAAUGUAAUACUUAUAGCUUCAUUUAUUUUGGUGUGGUUGAAAAGAAUUGGCUAAUAUUUACAACAGGUGAUCGUACCCUUUGGUCUAAGAGAUAAAAUUUAAGCACACACCCCACCUCACCUACUACGUCUACAAAUUAAACGUAAACGACACACUUGAGAUCUUACAAGCACGAUUACAUUCUUAACAGGAACAAUGUAUUACUAGUACUAAUAGUGCUGAUUCACCAUUUAGUCAAUAUGGGCAGCCAUUAGUUUUCAUUCAACAGGGUCACACAGCUUCCAAAAUAGUUUAGUCUGAUCCAGCUGCAAAACUUCAGAAAAACAGUGGAGGCAAGGGAGAGUAACAAAUUUGUUAGGUGACUUGUUAUGUUCUCCUUUGCAUUUUGUUGUACGUUUCAUUGUAGCAUUGUUUUAUAUAAUACUUUAAAGGUGCAGUGUGCAAUUUUUAAAAGGAUCUCUUGACAGAAAUGCAAAAUAAUAUGCAAAACUAUAUUAUCAGGAGGGUAUAAAGACCUUUUUAUAAUGACCCAUUAUGUUUUUAUUACCUUAGAAUGAGACAUUUUUAUCUACAUACACUGAGGGUCCCCUUACGCAGAAGUCGCCAUUUUGUGCCGCCAUGUUUCUACAGAAGCCCUUAACGGACAAACUUUUUUUGCUAAGUUGUAUCUGUCAAUUACAUGUUUUUUUAGUGGCGGCUACCGUAGCUUCUCUAUGCGUUUCAAAAGCGAGAGGUGAGCAGUGGACUGAGCCGUUGGUUGCAAUUCACAACCUCUCCACUAGAUGCCACUAAAAUGUACACACUGCACCUUUAAACACAAGACAAGCUGCAUCUA